AUGACGUGCUAUCGCGUGGAUGAGGUGAAGGCCAGGGUCACCUCCGUCUUUGGGUCCAUCUUAAAGAUGGACUCUACCAAGAAGGUGACUAAAAAGCUUGCGGGUACCGCUGCAGACACAGCCGCCUGGGUUACCAACGUCGGUAACGAGCAUGGGCAGGUCCUCGUCAGUGUCCUCACUGCCGGUGAGGGCGAGGGCCUGCUCCCCAUGGCGGCUGGUCUCAUGGAACGGUACCGGCUCGCCGGGGUGGCGCCCCCAAGCUCAUGUACGUGGACCGAGACUGCUGCUCCAGCCUUCGGCGGAUCAAAGACAGCUGCCAUGUACAAUGACUGGGACCAGCUGGUGGUUCGGCUGGACAUCUGGCACCUGAUGCGGCGGUUCGCGUCAGGUGUCACCACUGAGAGCCACCAGCUCUACGGUCCCUUCAUGCGGCAGCUGUCAGCCUGCAUCUUUGAGUGGGAUGCAGGUGAUGUCUGCCGACUGCUGGAGGCCAAGAGGUCUGAGCUGGAGAGGAAGCACGGGAUGGUCGGCCUCACCGAGGCAGAGGUUUCGAAGAAAAUCGGCAGGAAGGAGAUUGCGCUUCACUGCCGGCGUCGUACGCGUGGAGCUGCGGCGACAGAAGUCCUUCUUCUUGACCUCCUCGAGACCUUCAACAGCGAGAAGGGGCUCGACACCCUGGGCAUCCCGUUGCUGGACUCCAGCCGCAUUCAGGCGAUCUGGAAAGAGCAGAGGCGCCACCUCCACUGCAUACAGGACCCACCCGGUGUACAGCUGUACACCGAGACCGGCAAAAUCACCAAGGGCGGCGUGAUGUUGCCGGUUUAUCGCUGCGCACGGGGCUCCACAUCCUUGGAGUCAUUCCAUCUCCACCUCAACCGGUUCAUCCCAGGUACCAGGGCAAAUGCAAUGCAUUUCCAGGCAUUCCUGUUGGAUGGACUGAUGAGGUGGAACGAGGACCGUGCGCAGGCAGCAGUGGAGGGGAAGAACAGGAAGCCCCUGCUCUCCUACAGUGGCCACCUGCAGCACAUCCUUAACCUUAGCAGCCAAAUUGUGCUGGGCAAGGAUCAGGUUAAGGACUACACCAAGCCUAGCGAGUACACAGGGGAACUCCUCGGAGUGGAGUACCUGUACUCGCAGACUGGCAGAGUGCUGCAGGAUGUCAGCGGGGACCCUGACCUUCCGGAAGAGGCCGCCGUCGAGCAGCUCGACGAGGAGGACGAGGGCUUUCAGGAGGAGGAUGUAGACCAGACAGUCCACAUCCCUCACGUCACUCCUAUGAGCGCCCCGUCCUCCAGCUCAGCAGCACCUCUGUCAUGGGGACCUGCUGACGCACCCAGGUCUGGGCCAUCCAGCCCCACCACCCCUGAAGACGGAAGCUCUCCUGAGGCCCCUGGUCGACACAGUUCUCCUCACCCUGACCACUCCUCUGAUUCAGAGGAGGAGACUAAAGGUCCUGAUGCAAUGCCAGGCUACCAGCAUGUCCGCAGGCUUGCCAGGGCCUUGGUGGGGGUGAGGAACCGUCAGGGGUUGUCGGACCGCAGGGUAGACGGUCUGGUGGCACUGUGGCAGGUGCUGGCAGACUUCGACAAACAGCGCUUGAUCUACCCUGCCCGACACCAGGAGAGGAUCGUUCAGGGGCGGUUCAAAACAACGAAGGGGAAGUUGUCCAUUAUCCUAGGAAAAGACUCUCUCCAACGCCGUUUGGUGGAGGCCAUUUGCAGUCAGCUCUGCCAAAUCCAUCCCAGCGCCAUGCAGUCUGCCGGCGUCAAGAAGAGCAGGUGGGCGCUCAUUCUGGCAGACUACGUGGGCAUCAGGGAGGCAGUGCUGACCUCCCCAAGGUUGAUGGCCCAGACCAACCUUCAGCUCUUUGAGCUGAAUCAAAGGACCAUCAGUCAGUGGUAUUCCCGGCGUCAGAAGGAGAGGGAGAGGAUGGUGCUGCAGCAGGGAAUGGGGCUCGCUGCUGCCCCCAGCGUCACCACCCAGCCCCUCCCUGCAGCCAAGCCCCUCCACUUCAAGCAGGAGGGAAUCAGGGCACCCUUCCCUUUCCCUACGCCACCCUCCCCCCCGGUCCCACGCCAAACCAUCCAGCAAGGAGAGCCCGCCCACGCGCCCAUUCUGCCAGCCCACCUGGAGCAACAACCCCCCGCACUUCCCGGACCCUCCCCAGCCCAAGGACCACAGACGGGCUGCUCUUCACCUCCUCCAGUGUCAAGGACAACGGCUUGGAGGAGGAGGAAGAGGAUCGCGGCGGACACAGAGGAGGGGACAGCCGGGAAGAGAAGGCAAAGUGAGCAUUACGUCUGCUCCAAAUGCGGAUUGCCGAAGCGACGGGAGACGGGCCACAGCCGCUUCGGCGGCGUGGCGUUCUGCUCUGUUGCUGCUGGGGGUAAGGACGUGGCCCAGUGGCUGACGGAAAUGAAGGACGCUAAGGGGCGAGGUGAAGGACACUGAGCCACUGGCUGGGUGGUCGGACGUUUUUUUAUUUGUAAAUAGUUCACUGUUCCCCUCUACCUGGACCGAGACCUUGAGCGCGGUGUAGAGGCUUGUGUGUGUUGAGGACCCUCAGAGCUAUAUUGUCUGUAGUCUUAUACGACUACUGGUAGGGUAACCCAUGGGUAGGCAGUUCUGAGACGAGACACCAGACUAACAUCGGUUCGUUCCCAAACAAAAUCCUGUAAAAA